AUAACUUCCAUCCUUGUAUGUCUUCUCACACUCCCAUUUUCAACACUAUGACAUCCAAGAUUCCACAUGUUAUUACUUGCAAAGCCGCCGUCGUAAGGGAGGCGGGUGGAGCAAUCGUUGUGGAGGAGAUAAUGAUGGACCCACCAAAAGCGACGGAAGUUAGGAUCAAGAUGUUGUGUGCGAGUAUAUGCCAUACUGACAUCCUAUGUUGCAACGGGAUACCUAUUCCUUUGUUUCCGCGUAUUCCUGGACACGAAGGUGUAGGGAUGGUUGAGAGCAUCGGAGAAGACGUGGGGACGCGGGUCAAGCCCGGGGACGUUGUGAUGCCGCUCUAUUUAGGUGAAUGUGGUGAAUGCUUGAAUUGCAAAUCUGGAAAGACUAACAUUUGUAAUGUUCACCCAGUUAACUUGAAUGGUCUCAUGCGUGACGGCACUUCAAGAAUGUCUAUGGCGCUAACCGGAGAAACCGCCUACCACAUCUCUAGUUGCGCCACAUGGUCUGAGUACACGGUCAUUGAUGCCAAUUACGUGAUUAAGGUUGACCCUAGGGUGCCUCUUCCCCAUGCUAGUUUCCUCUCGUGUGGCUUCACAACUGGCCUUGGUGCACCAUGGAAGGAAGCUGCGGUCACUAAAGGUUCUUCGGUUGCGGUUUUUGGUCUUGGUGUUGUUGGUCUUGGGGCAAUUAAAGGAGCACAAAUGCAAGGGGCGUCUACGAUCAUAAAGAAAGCAGCAAUAGGAGAGGCUUUUGGGAUGACCGAUUUCAUCAACCCUCGAAACCACCCUGAUAAAUUGGUGUCGGAUUUGGUGAAAGAUAUGACAAACGGGUUAGGUGUCAACUACUCCUUCGAGUGCACCGGAGUCGCACCCUUGUUGAGCGAAGCCCUCGAGGCCUCUAAAAUUGGGAUAGGCACAACUGUAGCUAUCGGAGUUGGGAUGGAGACGAACUGGGCGAUAAAAAACAUGACCCUAUUGAGUGGUCGGACUUUGAAGGGUUCAGUAAUGGGUGGUAUCAAAACCCAAUCUGAUCUCCCUAUUAUACUCCACAAAUGUAUCAAUAAGGAGAUAGAGAUGGAUAAGCUUUUUAUACACGAAAUACGAUUGGAAAAUAUAAAAGAAGCAUUCGAGAUGUUGAAGAAACAUGACUGCCUCAAGAUUCUUAUCAACUUUUGAUUAUAGUAAAUCCAUAACAUCAGUAGCGUCUCUAAAAAUUCACGUACUAUGUGACACCCCAGGAAAACCAGUAAACGAUACAACUUACCUAGCUUCCUCAGUAACCGCAUGCUAAAUUUCGAGACGAAAUUUCUUUCAAGUUGGGGAUAAUGUGACAACUCGAGUUUCCAAGAUUCCACUUUCGCAUUUAUUGCACGUUCACUGUUUGUUAAGUUGUUCACUUGCACAAUUGGUUUGCUUUGUAACUGUAUACGUUUUGGAUUUGAUAAGGUUUAUGAAUGAUUUGUCAAAUA